GGUCCAUGAAGAGAUUGGCGAGAGGAAACGAAAAAGAGAGCAAAAACACUUCUGGAUCACAACUUUCUUCAUCCUUUUCAAAUUUCUAAAAGUUGCAAAAUUACAAUGAAGGAUUACAUUUUUGUUCCUAUUUUCUUUUUCUUUUUCUUGUGUUUUUCUUCUUCUUCUCUCUCUUCUUCCUUGUUCAUCGUCACCGUGUCUAUACCAUCUCUCCCUCCUCCAUUCCUAAGUCAAUAACAGGAAGCAUAUAUAGGCAAUACUUUCCUUCUCGUUUGUCUCUUCACCAAGAUAUCACCUCUUCCUUAUUUUCUUCAUCUAUAAUGUAAUGUAACAUUAUUAUUAUUUCAUCAAAUCAAAGACACCAUAUCAAUCUUGUAGAGGAGGAUGAAGCGUGGAAAAGGCGACAAAAAGGGAACAAAGAACCGAGAUGUCAGCGGUCAAGUAGUUCCGCUCACUGAACCGGUGGUUGUAGCUCCGCCUAUGGUUGGAACAAGAUCGUGGAUAGGAGGGCUCUUUACACGCUCCAGUAGACGUCAAGACAAGUCAAUCGACUAUACUUUGUCUCCUCUUCAGGAGGAAAGACUUCAAAAGCUGCAAGAUCGUUUGCUUGUACCUUUUGAAGAGACACGCAUUGACCAUCAGGAAUCACUUAAAGCAUUGUGGAAUGCAUCAUUUCCGAACAUUAAUCUCACAGGCUUAGUAACAGAACAAUGGAAAGAUAUGGGAUGGCAAGGUCCCAAUCCAUCUACCGAUUUCAGGGGUUGUGGAUUUAUUGCUCUAGAGAAUUUGCUAUUUUCCGCAAGAACAUAUCCGGUUUGUUUCCGGAGACUAUUACUGAAACAAAAAGGCGACAGGGCAAAGUGGGAGUACCCUUUUGCAGUUGCUGGAAUCAAUAUCUCUUUCAUGCUGAUCCAAAUGCUCGAUUUACAAAACACUCCAAAGCCGAAAUGUCUUCCAGGAAUGAAUUUUCUCAAACUCUUAGAAGAAGACGAGAAUGCAUUCGAUGUACUAUAUUGUAUAGCUUUCGCGAUGAUGGAUGCUCAGUGGCUUGCGAUGCACGCUUCUUACAUGGAAUUCAAUGAAGUAUUACAGGCGACUCGGAAUCAGCUAGAGAGAGAGCUUUCGUUGGACGAUACUCAUCGGAUUCAAGAUCUCCCUGCUUAUAAUCUCUUGUUCCAAUAGAGUUUUCUUUUUUUCUAUUUAGAUUUAUGUGUACAUUAACUGGAUUUAUGAAUGAAAAGAAACGAUAAUCAAUGAACCAAAAAUAAAAUAAAAAGAUUGAAAUUGAAUGAUAAUGAUGCAUAUCCAUCGUUGUUAUGUUCUAACAUUGAUGAUGAUGAUAGUGUGGAAGGAAACUAAGAAGUUAACGUGGAAUCUUUGACUUCUGUACUUCAAAUAAUCAAAACUCUUAUCGUUCGUCUUUUAAGUAGUAAAGAUCUUCACUCUUCUGACCAAGUGACCAGUAUUGUCCGUGUCGACAUUAAUUUGUUUAUGUUGAAAAGUCGGUCUGAUGUAUGACCUAUUGUAUAUUCGCAAAUGAAUAUUAAAAAAUAAGAUAAUGUUCUUUACGUUUGCAUUGGAGUUGGAAUUUUGAUCUUAUCCUCUACAUAUGACAAAACAGAAGGGAUCCCCACUUUAAAACCUAACGUGAAGGAUAAGAUUCCUUACCAGUUUCAACCACAUUCCCACGAUUAGUAUACAAUUCGAAAUGUCUAUUUCUUGGAGGUGGACGUUUUAUUCUUUUUAAAGUAAUUUUGAUAAUAUAGUGUACGUAAUGAUUCGUUUACAGUAGUAUGCAAUAAGUUUCUCCAUUUAAAAAAAAAAAAAUUAAAAAAACUGUUAGACAUGAUUACUACUUCAGUAACGGUGCUGAGGCACAAAAAAAGUUUCAAGUGAAGGAUGAUGUUAUAUAAACUUACAAGAAGGCAUUUACUCAGUUUCAACACGCAACAAGUAACAACGAUUACUCUGUUUCAACAAGACAGCAAACUCUCUAUAUACCGACAUACACUUUUCUCAAAAGGUUAGGUAUCUUAAAACGCUAUAUCCUAACCAAAACGCUACAAAAGCCAGAUCACUCUUUUUAGAAAACGCCAGCGGUUCCAUAAACAAAGAAAGGAUGGGGACUUUUACGAUGACAA